CAUUUUUAAAUGUAAACAAAGUGAAACUGGCGUUGAUAAUCAUAAUUAAAUUGUAGAUCCUAGCUAGACUUCUUAUCUAGAUCUAGAUCUAGAAUAGAUUAGAUCAUUCAAAACCAAGAGUCUAGUCUAGGCAUACGUGACACGUCUGUUAAUUAGAUCUAGAUCCAUAGUCUAUAGAUCUAGAUCUUAUUUCAAUGUUUCAAAGACUGUUAAAUCCAGUUGAUAGGAACAGAAAAGACACGGAGCCCUGUGAAGAAGUAGAGGAUGGCCAGCCGCACAAUCCAUACACAGAGAUACUAGUACUGCAAUACCACAAUGACAUUGUUAGACUACUUUUACAGAUCAAUGAUAAAAGGUUUGUUUCAGCUGGAGAUGAUAAUAUAGCAGUUAUAUGGGAUGUGCAGUAUGGCCGUCAUGUGGCAACAUUGAUAGGCCAUACCCUUCCCAUCACAAGUCUACUUCUGCUUCCAAGAGUGGAAGAAAAUAAUGAUAGCUGUAUAGUCACAGGAUCUUCUGACAAGCAUAUCAGAAUUUGGAGUGCUGAAACAGGAGAGUGUUUGGCAGAUUUAACAGUGCAUGAAUCCUCUAUAAGGUGUUUGCUGUUAAUCAAUCAAGAAAUAUUUUGUGCUGGAGGAAAUAGUGUAUCAUUGUGGAAUAGAAAUGGAAAACUUUUAGAUUUGAUAAAAAAUUCUGCUGCAGAAGAUAUCCAUUUAAUGAUUACCAUAAAAAAUGAUCGUCUUAUUACUGCUGCUGACAGGGACCUUGUUGUCUAUAAACUAAACCUGGAUAAAAUGUUACCUAAGCUGGAGAAAAUUGAUCACAUUCAAUCCCAUUUUGAAGCUAUUCAAUCUCUAACUCCAAUUUCAUCUUCCUGCUUUGCCACUGGCUCAGUGGAUGGAAUGAUUCUCUUAUGGACAUCAUCAAAUUUACAGCAAACCAAAGUUCUCCAUGAAGUCCCAGAAGAUAAAAGUGAUGUCAAGAGAUUUUCUUAUAAUGUACAAUCACUUGUCUGUGUACAGGAAAGAUACUUGUUUGCUGCUGUAGGCUGUGGAUUUUAUGCCUUUGAUAUAGCUUCAGAUAAAGGAAAACUUGUUAUUAGAAAAAAAACAGCACAUCUGUCUAAGAUAACUUGUCUAGGAUUCACUUGUGAGGGGGAAAUUUUAGCAACAUGUUCAGAAGAUAGAUGUAUGAGACUUUGGGGCCGUAAGCCUUCAUCAGAUCCAUGGAAAGCAGACAGAGCCAUCACCACAAUUGAAAGAUUUACUGGCUUGCAAUCACAUGAAUUGCUGAAUCUGGCACAAAACUCAGUCUGGGAACCAAGCUUACUGGGAGAAUGUUGUGCACAUGGAGGACCCAUACAGGGUUUUCUUGACUUUGAAUAUGAAAGCAUUGUGACUUGUGGCUCAGAUAAUAUUGUCAUUAUUUGGAAGAAUUCUGAAAUGCAAAAAGUAAGACGGAAUCAAGCAGUUCAAAAACUUCUUUUAAACGCUGAUGGAAUCGUCUGAUGCCAAGUACUAAAUUGAUUUUAAGGAAUUUUCUUAAUGCAAUGUUAAUAAAUUUGUUCAUGAAAAGAAA